AUGAAGACGAAUGAUAAGGAAAAUGGUGCAAAAUCUGACGUAGAUGUCAACAAAAUAGAAGAUGGCUUAAAAGGUUGGGAAUUUGAUGAUUACGAAGUGGAUGGAUUUUUCAAUGCCCUUUUAUUCACGAAUCCGUACCCAAAGUUCAAAUGGAGCAAGAAGACACAGGACGCAAUACUCGCGUCUUUCUUUUGGGGUUACAUGUUGCUGCAAAUCCCUGCCGGUCAGCUUGCGCACCGCUUCGGCUCACGCUACCUCUUGUCGGCGGCGCUUUUUACAAACUGCGUCAUUUCAUUCUCGCUGCCUUGGGCUGCGUAUUACGGUGGUUGGAUAUGCGUGCUUGUCUUCAGAAUGGGCCAAGGGUUAAGCCAGGCGUGUAUUAUUCCAGGCAUGCACACUUUUCUCGGUAAAUGGACACCCUUGAGCGAAAGAGGCCGGUUGAGUGCUUGGGCGUAUGGAGGGCAAGCGCUAGGCCCAGUCCUUGGUCUUCCUUUGACAGGCUUCAUUGCUUCAUCACCAAUAGGAUGGCCUGGAGUUUUUCGCUUUUAUGGCAUACUCGCCGGUCUCAUUGGCUGCCUGAUCUGGUGGAAGACAGUCGACUCACCGGCAAAACACCCAAAGAUAUCCACCAUCGAAAGGCAAUACAUAGAGAAUGACAUAGGUUCCACAGACGAUACCAAGAAACCAAGGCAAGUACCAUGGGUAAAGAUACUGACACAUAGAGGGAUGUACGCAAUAAUAAUAGCGCAUAUCGGCCAAUCGUGGGGUCAGUUAACCCUUUACUCGGAAGUUCCUGCAUUUAUGGAUAAAGUCAUGGGUGUUAACCUGAAAGCGAAUGGCUUGCUCACCGCUCUUCCAUUUCUGACGAUGUGGUUUACAAAUUUCUUCUUCAGCUGGGCCGCUGACAUGCUUAUCGUGAAAAAAAUUCUCAACGUCACCCAACGAGGAAACUGGCGCAUACCGUUGGUUGCAUUCCAGCGGCAAUUGGUUGCAACGCAUGUUUCAGUCUAUGUAAACCACAUUGAUAUAUCACCUAACUUUUCUGGUACAAUGAUGAGCAUCAGCAACUUCUCUUCAAAUCUGUUUGGCUCUCUCGCUCCAAUCGUCGCUGGAUUCAUUCUUACUGAUGUUACUAGUGAAUAUUUAUGGAGGAAGGUAUUCUUUGUUUCCGCUGGCUUCUAUUUCUUUACUAACAUUCUUUAUGUAAUACUCGGGACUGCAGAGAGGGCCGAAUGGAACGACUCCCAACAAGACGAAGACGUUCCGAGGGAUCCAGAAAGUAAACCUAUGAUCGAAAAAGACAAAAGC